AUGUCCCGUAUCAACUCCUAUGCGAACGUUCUCCGAGAGUUCGUCUACGAUCCGGAGGUUCAGCUGAUCAACCAGUCCCCCGGCGAGAUCCCAUGUUUUUACUGCGUCUGCAACAUCCACCGCGAUCUCUCUCUCCGAUGCUGCGCCGGCCCCUCGCCGGAGUGUUGUGUUUUCUGUGCUGACGACCGAAAGAAGUGCGGCUCUCGGGCCUGUGCUGCGAUCGAGUCUUGCGGCGCGGCUUGGCGAGUAGUCGCCGACCGUACGCACAACCCUGCCUCUGGUGGUGGCAGCACUCUGGCUGCUACAAUUCAGUCCCAAGACAUUGCGUCCCUUCGGGACCUUCAGGCACUCCAGUGCCUUAUUUCCGGUGGUGUCGAACUUACUCCUGAGGAAGUGUCCGCUCGGGUUGCCUCUGCGAUGCCCCUCUACGCCCGCAAUGUCUCUGCCGCAACCCGCCUUCGUUCGGCGAUCCUUCGCCUAGAUACCUGCGAGGAUGUCCCUGUUGAGGGCGAGGGGACCUGCGAUGAACUCCCGUCUGCAUUCGAAGCCAAGCCGGCUCUUCGUGCUCUGCUCGACGAGCAUUCGGAUAACCCCGUUCCUGACGUUCCAGUCGCUUUUGCUGGCGUUGCUCCUGUCAGUCGUCCCGGCCAGUCUACUCCUGCCCGUCGCCGAGGCGCCGCCGAGCCUCCCCGCACCCCUGAGUAA